UACCCUUCUAGAUCGUGAGCGAGUCGCCAUUCGUUGACUGUGCAUAACUCUCGUCCUUACGUCGCUCAUACAGUGGUCCUCGCUAAUCCACCGAGCGCCCUCCACAGCAACGCGAAUAGAGAACAUGGCGCCCAAUGGCGUGCUGAGCAAUGGCAAUGGCAGUGGGCAGGAGGUCGAUGUCGACAUUCUCAUCAUUGGCGCGGGUCCUACUGGGCUGGGAGCUGCGAAGCGUCUUCACCAGAUUGACGGCCCAUCAUGGAUGAUCAUCGACAGCAACGAGAUCCCCGGCGGUCUCGCAUCAACCGACAUCACCCCCGAAGGCUUCCUCUACGACGUCGGCGGCCACGUCAUCUUCUCCCACUACAAAUACUUCGACGACUGCAUCAAUGAAGCCCUCCCCAACGAAACCGACUGGUACCAGCACCAACGCGUCUCCUACGUCCGCUACAAGGACCUCUGGGUGCCCUACCCCUUCCAAAACAACAUCUCCAUGCUGCCGAAGGAGGAUCAGGUGAUAUGUUUGGAGGGCAUGAUCGAUGCCGCGCUCGAGGCGCGAGUCGCCAACACCAAGCCGAAAGAUUUCGAUGAGUGGAUUUUGCGGAAUAAUGGCGAGGGAUUGGCGAAUAUAUUCAUGCGGCCGUACAAUUACAAGGUUUGGGCUGUGCCGACGACAAAAAUGCAAUGCCAAUGGCUCGGUGAACGCGUCGCAGCGCCCAAUGUCAAGCUGGUUACGAAGAACGUCAUCCUCAACAAAACCGCCGGCAACUGGGGCCCCAACGCCACCUUCCGCUUCCCCGCCCACGGCGGCACAGGCAAUAUCUGGAUCUCCGUCGCCAAGACCAUACCGCGCGAGAAGCAGCGUUUCGGCUCGCACGGCCGCGUCAAAUCUGUCGAUGCACCGAACAAACGCGUCCAUCUCGAAGAUGGCACGACUAUUAAGUAUGAAAAGCUCAUCUCCACCAUGGCGGUCGACUCGCUGGUGGAAGCCAUGCACGACGACUCCCUCAUCAAACUCUCCCGCGGCCUCUUCUACAGCACCACCCACGUCAUUGGCGUGGGAGUCCGUGGCUCACGUCCGGAGCGGAUAGGAGAUAAAUGCUGGCUCUACUUCCCGGAAGACAACUGUCCCUUCUACCGCGCCACCAUCUUUUCAAAUUACUCCCCUAAUAACCAACCGCAAGCGACUAAGAAACUUCCGACCCAGCAACUCGCCGAUGGGAGUAAACCGGAUAGUACCGAGCCGACGGCGGGUCCGUACUGGAGUAUCAUGCUCGAAGUCUCCGAAUCCAGCAUGAAACCCGUCAAUGUCCAAACCAUGCUCCCCGAUUGCAUCGCCGGGCUCGUGGCAACACAAAUGCUCAAACCCACGGACGAAAUCGUGUCGACGUACCACCGCGCCUUCGACCACGGAUACCCCACCCCAACCCUCGAGCGCGAGGGCGUACUCACCCAAUUACUCCCGAAGUUGUAUGAUAUGGGCAUUCUGUCGAGGGGUCGAUUCGGCAGUUGGCGGUACGAAGUCGGGAAUCAGGAUCAUUCUUUCAUGUUGGGCGUGGAGGCGGCGGAUCACAUCGUCAAUGGCGCGGCGGAGCUGACGUUGAACUAUCCCGAUUUCGUCAACACGCGCGUGAAUUCGGAGAGGCGGUUGGUGGAUGGGGCGCAGUUUUUCAAGAGUAUGAAGGGGAUCCGGGUGGAGGGGAUGCCGUUGCGGGCGAAGAUGGAUGGUUGAGGUGGAUUGUCGAGGGGGGGGUUUUGUUUUGGGAGAUGUGGGGUUUUUCUGGUGAGGCGGAUAGGGUGGGGGUUCGGGGUGUUUGGGGUGUAUGAGGUGUAUGAGGUGCAGGGGAGUUUGGGGUUUAGUGUCUCUUUGUGCCGCGCGGCGUGGUGUGGUUGGGAAGGGGGGCUUAUGAUUAGUGAUGGCAUGGUUAUUUUGAGCCUUGUUGUGAGGCGGAUGCACGGGAGAAGCUGGCAUACGGUAUUGAGUACCGGUUUAGAUUCUAGCUUAGAUGCAUAAUGGUAUCGCUGCCAAUAGAGCUGAAAGGCGA